AUAAAUUACCGUACAAAUUAUAAUAAUAACACUUAUUGUUGUUGUUGUUGUUGAUUUAGCAAAAGUUUACUGCAAAACGAAAGUGAAACUAAUAUUUGCUGCAAGUCGUAGCGUGUGUUGAGCGCGCUUAAUUGUUGGAAAAAAAAUUGCAACAACAACAAAAACAACAAAUGUGAUGCUGUAAUAAGCUGAAAUGCUUAUUUGCGUCUCUCUGCUGUGCGGUGUAUUUAACUAAUAAUACCAACAACAACUAACAAUUGUAGCGAGUUAAUCAACACAAGUUAAACACUGUGCAAAUAGUUACAUUUGCUAGCAACACAAAUAAUCGAACAACAAGUGCAUAAAAUCAUAAAUUAUUACAACAAAAUCUGAAUGUGCAAAUCGCCGUAUAAAAGUAGUUAAAUUUAGCUGCGCAACACUUUCAUUUUCGUUGCCAGCAACAAAACGUUUCGAACAACAACGCGUCACAUGAAGGCCUUGAAGCGCGCUUUCGUGCGGUAGUUGCCAAGUGUCAGGCAUUCAUGGCCAAUUAACAGGCCAACCGACAGGCCGAGCGUACAGCCACACUGCCAGCAAUUGCAACAUAUAAGUGUUGCUACUACUAUUUGGCCGGUUUCGAAAUUGACGUAGCUUGGAAGUACCCAGCAACAACGGCAACCAGUUGCAGGAUUUCCGAAACGCAAAAGUGCAAAAAUCUCACAACACUUCCGGCACUAAAAACUCAUUAUUAAACAUUAUUAAGCACGUUAGGCACCGCUAAAAGCACAAAGCUCGGCAACAAUAAAAAUUAUUAAAAAAAAAAAAAUAAUAAAAUAAACUAUUUUCCAACAAGAGGUGACAGUAAAUUGCACAAAACGGCGCCGAAACGCUGAGCGUAUUGGACAAAAUGCAUUUCGCCACAAGCUAUCUGCUACUAUGUGUUGCGCUUUCUGCUACUUUUCUCGCCCAACAAUUAUGUCAUGCGGCCAAGCCCGAUUCAGAUGAUGACUAUGAGCCGCGUCACUUGACCAACGAUCAAUCGUCUUUUUUUCAGUCGCAAUCGGACUCACCAUUCUCACACGACUACGCGAGAGAUGAUGCUGCUGUUAGACGAAAAGGACGUGUGGAGACACACAAAGUGACGGAAUUGAAUCGCUUGCAAGUGAACACCGAAUCAAGAUAUUCCGAUUCUGAUUCUUCUGAUUCGGAGUCGGAGAGUCGAGAUGCUGGCUCGGAGUAUGAUGAGGAUGAGGAUGGAGAUGAGUAUUAUGAGGAUAGUGGUGAAGAAAGCAGCACAGACAGCAGUAGUGGUGAAACACUGCCUCGUUUAUUGUCGCAAUCGGCAUUUAAUCGUAUUUCUGAAACUUUGGGUGCACUCAAUACAAUGGGUCAUUUGUUGGUGGACAUUACACGAGGUGGCCAUGAACCUAAACCGGAAGCACAUGAAGAGCCCAUAGUGAAUGAUGCAAGUGCUGGAGUCAUUGCCUCUACCGCUCUAAAUACAUUUAGUACUCCGAGUUCUCCAACUGUUAUUACAACCACAGCAACGCCAUCUAGGAAAUUUAAUGAUAUCAAUCCGACUGCGAAAAUUAUCGCAUCUCAGCCACUUGAGAACAAUCUAAUAAGCGAACAGAAAGUUACGGAAUUGUUGACUGCAGACAAACGUGUGGGAGAAACGGGUACACCAGCCAAACCAAUGUUUGUGGAGACUAAAGAAAUCAAGAAAAAGAAAAAGAAGAAGAAGAACCGCAACAAGGUGAAGAAACCUGCAUCCGAGUCAGCGCUUAUUGCCACCAACGGGCAACUGCAACAGCUAAACAAAGUAUCAACAACAUUAAGACCGACCACGACGACAAUGCCAACAGUUACCCAAUCAAUAGACCGUUCUGAUCAAGUGGCCGCAACUACUGAAGAUGUUUCUGCGAAAGAUGCGGAGAACUUUUGUAAAACACCCAGCGGUCGACCCGGGCGUUGUGAAGAUUUGAGCAGUUGUCCCGCCUUAUUAUUAAACUUGAGCAGUCUCCGCGAGUCACUCUGCUUUAAGAGCCUAUUCGUACCGGGUGUGUGUUGUCCCUUACCGGAGUCUUCAGCUGUAGUCACGACGCAACGGCCACUCAAGCUGACAACGAAAGCGCCUACUACGGCACACACAACGAAACGGCCAACAACACGAAAGCCAGCUUCCUCGCCAAGUUUGGUUUUAAUACCGCAGUUGAAACCUUCUACUACAACAACAACGACAACGCAAAAUCCACUAGGUAAUGAACUGGAACUUAUAGGCAAUAAUAAUAUUGUGGACCCUGAAGAGUGUGGACAGCAGGAAUAUUCAUCGGGCCGUAUUGUGGGUGGUGUUGAAGCGCCGAACGGUCAAUGGCCAUGGAUGGCGGCAAUCUUUUUGCAUGGACCCAAACGUACCGAGUUCUGGUGUGGUGGUUCGCUCAUUGGCACGAAGUACAUUUUGACAGCUGCUCAUUGUACGCGAGACUCGCGGCAAAAACCUUUCGCAGCGCGACAAUUCACCGUGCGACUAGGCGAUAUUGACUUGUCUACAGAUGCUGAGCCCUCGGCGCCGGUCACAUUUACCGUGAAGGAAGUGCGUGCGCAUGAACGUUUCUCACGUAUCGGCUUCUAUAACGACAUCGCCAUUUUGGUGCUGGACAAGCCAGUGCGUAAAUCCAAAUACGUGAUACCGGUUUGCUUGCCGCGCGCCGGACGUGCGCCACCCAAAGAGCGUUUGCCGGGUCGUCGUGCGACAGUAGUUGGUUGGGGCACCACCUACUAUGGCGGCAAGGAAUCGACCACGCAACGCCAAGCUGAGUUGCCUAUAUGGCGUAACGAAGACUGUGAUCGUUCGUACUUUCAACCCAUAAAUGAGAAUUUCGUCUGUGCUGGUUACUCGGAUGGUGGCGUGGAUGCCUGUCAGGGCGACUCUGGUGGUCCACUUAUGAUGCGUUUUGAGUCGCGUUGGGUUCAACUCGGCGUUGUAUCGUUCGGCAAUAAAUGUGGCGAACCUGGAUACCCUGGCGUUUACACAAGAGUUUCGCAAUACUUGGAUUGGAUUCGUGAUCACACGCGUGACUAGGCGCUAGAGACAAUGUAUUGUCUUGGAAAAUGUUGUUUUAGUUGUAAAUGUUUUUUUUUUAACUAAUUUAAAUAAGGUUACGAAUCACUAGUCUACAUAAUUUUUUAUGUGCAUCGCGUAUUUACAUAGUUCCGAUAUUUAUUAACCUUCUAAAAAACUCCAUAUUAGUUUGUAUAGAAUGCA